UUUACAUUGAGCCUAAUCCCUGUUAAUGGGAUAACACGUGCAUUGGAACUGACACGUUGCUAUGUAACGCGAUUAACGCAAUGGAAUGUAGAUAUACGUCUCUCCGUAACGUUAUUAAUUAAAAUGUUCACCAGUGUUGUAGCAAGCUAGCGUUAACGAUUGCUAACAGCAGUCAAAUUUCGCUAACUCUAGAUUUUUAUGGAUGACCAUAGUUCAUGUUAAAAAAUGUAACCAGUGUUAGGUCUGUAACGGCAAAGUUAACCAAUUAAAACAUACAUAAAUAUGGUUAGGUUAUUAAUGGUAACGACGAAGUAUCAACAAACAGUUUGUUACGUUAACAUUACCAGUUUUGUAACCAGGGCCAACCGAAUGAUUCAGUGUUUUGGCUCUUGCGUAUUAUCGUUUAAAACCGUGUCUGUUUAGGUUCACUCGUACUUCGCAUUUAUUUAUGUAUCCCCUCACCCAAGGCACAAGUAAGAAUUGCUGAUUUGAUGGAAAAAAAAAUUUGCAAUGGAAAGGUCUAGAAAAACCACGAGGGAGAGAGAGAUAGGGGGAAGUGAAGAAGUCAUAAUGGAAACUGAAGCAAAGCCAAAAGAAGCCGAGCCACCAGCUGAGGAUGCUGAAAAGGGUGACACAGAAGCUACAUCUGAGACAGAUGCAGGAAACGCCACAACUCAGGACUCUAGUAUUAGCAAUGGAGAUGAUGCAGAUGGUGAUCAGGAGAUGGUGGACUUGAAGAUAAUCUGGAACAAGAAUAAAUAUGAUCUGAAAAUUCCUGUUGAUAGCACCGGAGCCAAACUAAAGGACAGGAUCCACUCACUCACUGGUCUUCCACCUGCAAUGCAGAAAGUGAUGUACAAAGGAUUGCUUCCAGAGGACAAGACGCUACGUGAAAUAAAGAUUACAAAUGGUGCAAAAAUAAUGGUAGUAGGAUCUACAAUAAAUGAUGUAUUAGCUGUGAAUACACCCAAAGAGGUCAUCCAGCAGGAAGUUAAAGCCGAGGAGAACAAGAAAGAGCCUUUAUGCAGGCAAAAGCAACACAGGAAAGUAUUGGACAAAGGUAAACCAGAUGACAUAAUGACAUCUAUUAAAGGAACAAAGGAACGAUUACCAACAGUGCCUUUAUCCGGAAUGUACAACAAGUCCGGAGGAAAAGUUAGACUCACAUUCAAACUGGAGCAGGAUCAGUUGUGGAUUGGAACAAAGGAGAGAACAGAGAAGGUCCCAAUGGGCUCCAUUAAAAACGUAGUGUCUGAACCCAUCGAAGACCAUGAGGACUAUCACAUGAUGGCUUUUCAGUUGGGUCCCACAGAAGCGUCUCAAUAUUGGGUGUACUGGGUGCCUGCACAGUUUGUCGAUGCAAUCAAAGACACAGUCCUUGGAAAAUGGCAGUAUUUCUAAUGUGCCUCUUUUAUUUGAACUGGGAUUGAGAGAAGGAGCCAAUGAUUAAUGAAACCGGAGUCAACAGCGAGGCUUAAGGAACUUCUUGGAAUACAUUCGAAGGAAACGGAUGGAUGCCUGUGGACUAAUCAUAUUGUUUUUAGGUUAAAAGUGCACUAUGUGGCAGCAUAACAUUUCUCAGCCCUGUUGAUCAUUUAAGGUUUUCAGCAAAUCCGAGGGAAAAUUAUGAAACAAUUGUACAGAAAUUGCUAACACUUUUCUUCAGUUAUUCUUAAAGAAAUAAAACUUAUUUAAUGAAAUGAAUGCAUGAGGGCAUUGUUGUUUGUCCUUUCUGUGUUUUGAUUCACCUUGUUGGGAACCAAAGUUAUGCCCAUUUAAACAAUGGAGCUCUUCUGAGUCUCUUUGCAAAACAGCUCACAUUCAUUCAUGUGGUCUUUGAAUGAACAGCAACAACUCCUAGCGCAAAUUGUCGAUUAGAUUGAGGCCUGGACUUUGCCACCCCAGGACUAAGACAUUGACCUUUUAUAGGGUUAUUGUCUUGCUGAAAAAUAAACAUCCCAAGUAGCUUUUCCUUUGCAGACUGUAGUGUAUUUUCUUGCAGGAUUUCUUGGCAUUUACAAGGCAUUCCAGCCCUGCUGUGAUGUGAUGUGUGGUGUUUAGCUUAUAUUAAACAUGGCUUUUAGUAUAAUGGUCACAGACCAGAGCUGCUUUAAUGCACCCCACAUAAAGGUCUUCAUUAAGCAGAACACCUCUAAACUGAGGAAAUUGUAAUGGCCUAAAAAAAAUAAAAAACUAGAGUUGUAUUCCUAACUUUAUUUCCCUGAUAAUUACUUGGGUAAGUCAAAUUCAUGUGAGGCAUUCCAUUCACAUCUCACAAUUAUUUUUUCAUAAUUCAACGGGGUUAAUUGGUGUAUUAUUCCAAGACAGCAUGCUAGAUAGACAGCCCUGUAAAACAUGAUUGCAUAGUUAAAGCCAUGUGUUUAUUAAUGAUUGGAACAACAUGCCUGUUGGGUUAAUUUUAAAGCAGUAUUUUUCACAACUGUUCAUCAAAGUGAUGAUUUUUGCACCAUCAGUAUUUCGACAUAAGUUAUAUAUAUAAUUUGUUCACACUACCAGUGACAUUGAAAUUGCAGAGACUGGUGACAAAUAACAGUUAAAUCUGUUCAUAUUGCUUUAUGCAAAAAUACAUUUUUAAAAUGUAAUGCCAAUUCCUAUAAAAAUCACCACAUUCAAGUCGAACUGUAAAGCCAUAGUUUGUAACUCUUGUCAUUUAUAUUUCAUGUUAUGUACAGUAUGUGAAGCUGAAAGAAUACCGGAAAUGACAGAACUGUAGGGAGUUGACAGUUUUUAAACAAACGUGUAUAAGUCUGACCUUCCUACAAUAAAACUGUAAAAUAUUA